AUAUUUUUGUUUUUAAUUUUUAAACUUAAAUAAUCAUUGAAGGAUUGAACACUCGCUUAGCUUAGUUUUAGUUUGUUAGCCAUGGAAUUUAAAGUCGAAAUCAAGGGAGAGUUUUUUGAAAAUAAUGAAAGAAGCAUAGGGAGUCCGUUAUUCACAUCAACAGGUAUUGGAGGUUUGAAGAAUGAACCAGAAGCAAUGGAAUUGAAAGCUGACAUUAAGAAAGAAUUGGUUGAAGAUGAACAAGGAUAUAUAGAGAGUCAACUAACUAGUUCUGUAGAUCUUGGAGACUUGAAGAAUGAAAUAGAUGAAGAUAGCUCAGGAUUUUCUAAGGAGAAUGGAAUGGAAAUCAUGAAUACAUUACCUGAAAUUUCAUGCAAAGAAGUACAACAAAUAAGUCCAAGCUCAGGAGAAAAGAAGCAAUUGUCUCAAAAAGAUUGUUUGGAAUGUGACACAUACAAUUGUGAAAUUUGUUUUAAGCAGUUUAAACAUAAAAGUCAUUUGAAAACACAUUUGAGACUGCAUUCUGGCGAAACGCCUUACAAGUGCGAAAUUUGUUUUAAGCAGUUUAACCAAGCAAGUAAUUUCAAAGCACAUUUGAGACUGCACUCUGGAGAAACGCCUUACAAGUGUGAAAUUUGUUUUAAGCAGUUCAGACAUAAAAUUUCUUUGGAUGCUCAUACGACAGUUCACACUGGAGAAACGCUUUAUAAGUGUGAAAUUUGUUUUAAGCAGUUUAACCAAAAAAUUAAUUUGAAAACACAUUUGAGAGUGCAUUCUGGAGAAACGCCUUACAAGUGCGAAAUUUGUUUUAAGCAGUUUAAACAUAAAAGUAAUUUGAAAACACAUUUGAGACUGCACUCUGAAGAAACGCCUUACAAGUGCGAAAAUUGUUUUAAGCAGUUCAGACAUAAAAUUUCUUUGGAUGCCCAUACGACAGUUCACACUGGAGAAAUGCCUUACAAGUGUGACAUUUGUUUUAAGCAGUUUAACCAAAAAAGUAAUUUAAAAACACAUUUGAAACUGCAUUCUGGGGAAAUGCCUUACAAUUGCGAAAUUUGUUUUAAGCAGUUUAACCAAAAAAUUAAUUUGAAAACACAUUUGAGACUGCAUUCUGGGGAAACGCCUUACAAGUGCGAAAUUUGUUUUAAGCAGUUCAGACAAAAAAUUUCUUUGGAUGCCCAUACGACAGUUCACACUGGAGAAACGCCUUACAAGUGUGAAAUUUGUUUUAAACAGUUUAACCAAAAAAGUAAUUUGAAAACACAUUUGAGAGUGCAUUCUGGGGAAACGCCUUACAAGUGCGAAAUUUGUUUUAAGCAGUUCAGACAAAAAAUUUCUUUGGAUGCCCAUACGACAGUUCACACUGGAGAAACGCCUUACAAGUGUGAAAUUUGUUUUAAACAGUUUAACUACAAAAGUAAUUUGAAAAAACAUUUGAGACUGCAUUCUGGGGAAACGCCUUACAAGUGCGAAAUUUGUUUUAAGCAGUUUAACCAAAAAAGUAAUUUGAAAAUACAUUUGAGACUGCACUCUGAAGAAACGCCUUACAAGUGCGAAAAUUGUUUUAAGCAGUUCAGACAUAAAAUUUCUUUGGAUUCCCAUACGACAGUUCACACUAGAGAAAUGCCUUACAAGUGUGAAAUUUGUUUUAAGCAGUUUAGUGAAUCGGGUACUUUGAAAAGACAUUUGAGAGUGCACACUGGAGAAAAACCGUACAAGUGUGAAAUUUGUUUUAAACAGUUUAACCAAGAAAGUAAUUUGAAAAGACAUUUGAGGCUGCACUCUAGAGAAACGCCUAACAAGUGCGAAAUUUGUUUUAAGCAGUUUUCUCGAAAGGAUGUUUUAAAAACUCAUUUGAGAGUGCACACUGGAGAAAAACCUUAAUAGUGUGAGAAUUGUUUUAAACAGUUUAUCCAAGCAAGUCAUUUCAAAGCACAUUUGAGAGUGCACACUAGAAAACAAUAUAAGUUUGAAAUGAGGCUAUCAAAGCAACAGUUGCCUAACCCCAAAAACGAAGUUUUGAGAUAGAUUCCAGUAAGUAUAUUUGUUAAGGGAGCAAGAAAUUAUGUAGCGCCAUCUAGCCAAAUAUAGAGGUAGGUUGUGUCGGCCCCUGUUAAUCCGAGGAUCUAAUGUUGCUGCUUUUAGUGAUAUAUUAAUCUCUUCUUCAAUUUCCAUCUCCGCGACGGAGGUCGGCAAUCAUCAUAACUAUUCGGACUUUAGAGACGGCUGCUUUGUAAAAGUUCAUUUGAUGUACAUCCGUACCACUGUCUCAGGUUGCGCAGCCACGAUAUUCCGUGUCUGCCUAUGCUUCUUUUUUCUUGAACCUUUAAUAUAUGUAAGCUUUGUGGUGACACUGACAUUGGCAAUUUGUCAUUAUUUUCAUAUAAAUGAAUUUUUUUUUUAUUUAAAGUAAGCCGCAUCAACCAUAUUGGUUAUUAGCGGAUGGCUUUAGUGUAUACAAUAAUGACUAAAAAUAACAUAAUAGGGAACUUGCAUAAAUUUUUAAAUUCGAAAAAAAUGUUAUAAAUCACAACAGAACAUAAUUUAAAAUAUGUAUCAAAGAUAAAAAAGUUUCGUUUGUCUUUCGUUUGGCUCCUAAAGACGAUUAAAAAUUCAAAUUAAAACAGGUGGCCCUAAACGCGUCGUGACGUCACUGGGUUGUACGUUUACAUUUUUCCAAUAAAGUAAACAGAAUUUUAAAUUAGACGUUAUACACGUCAGUAGAAAAUACAUUUAUGUGACGUUACAAGUGUUUUUGAUCGUUUGAACUAUUCAUAGAAAUUUGUACUUUUACAAAAAUGGUUUUAUUUUCAAUAGUAAACCUUCGUUCCUUUCCUUCAAAAACAGUAUAAAACUCCAAUUUUAACAAACUGGUAUAUAUUAUUACAAUGACAUACGAUAAAUGUCAUUAGAAUAUAAACAUUUUUGACUUAUUCCACGACGAUGAGCUGGCCAAAUACCCAAGUAGGUGGAGGCCAAUAAACUGAAGAAGGAGAAGAAGAAUAUACCUAAAUAUAAGGUUGUGUCUAGAUAUACGCUAACGUGUACGCAAAUAAAAAGUUAGAGUGUUAGUGAUUUCUUAUUUUUUAUUUGUUUAGUGUUUGUGUUUAAAUUAACUAUGGAGUGUAGACAAUUAUUAAGUUCUUUUAAUGCGUUUAAGAACAUUUUAAAACAGUACGAAAAAGAUAAGAGACUAUAAAUUAAUAUAUAUUUUUUUAGUUAUAAAUGAUAUAGUAUUACCGUCCAAGAUUAAAAUAAAAGGAAGACCUAAAGCUUUCACAAUAAUAAUUAACUUGUUCUGAAGCUAUUAUCCUUGUGCAAUUUUUGUAAUCAACUAUUCUAAAUGGGAACUAAGCUACAAUUUAACUAAAAAAAUGGUUUUAUUAACGUUUCGACGUCUAAACCGGAUGUCGUUGUCAAAAUACAAAAUAUUAUUAAAUUAAACAAAAAUGUUGUUGCUUAGUAAAAAUUUUUUUCUAAUAAUUUAUUUAAUCUGACUAAUUUUUGUAUUUUGACAAUGACAUCCGAUUUGGACGUCGAAACGUUAAUAAAAUAAUUUUUUUAGUUAAAUCGUGGCUUAUUUUGCAUUUAGAAUAGUUGAUUAUAAUAAUUCACUUACGUAUAAAACUUAUUUUAACAAUAUUUUGUACCUACAUGUCAUGUCAACUAAAUACAUAUAAUUAUUUUGCUAACCUAAAUAUAUACUUUUAUAUAUAUAUACAUUGAUUUAUUACAAUUAAGUUUGAAACAUCUGAAUAGUUCUGCUUCCCUUCUCUUAACAAAUAUUUUUCUAUCAAACGAACACUAAACAUAUCAAAAUAGCAUGUACCAAAGCUAAAUAAUGACGUCACUGGCUUGAUGAAGUUUAAUUCGCGUCUACAUAACUUAUUUAUUUGCGUACACGUUAGCGUGUACCUAGACACAGCGAAAUAUAACCAUAAUCAAAACUAAUGCAAAACUAUGUGACGUCACGGGCCGUUUGAACUAUUUUAUACCGAAGAAGACUUUAAAUAUGUAUUUCUAAGUUAUUACGAGUUGUUGAACGUGAAAUUUUGGAAAUCUCAUUUUUAAACAAAACUGAACAUUAUUAUCUAAUAACAAAAAUGUGCAAGUACCCUAUUAUAUGUGGUACAAUAUGUUACAGUCUCUUAAAAAUUUCACAAUAUUUUCACUGGUACAGACACUAAAAAUCUCCGUUAUAACUGAUGGGAUGUUAUAAGUUAGUCUUUCAGCACUAUAUUUGGGACACUCUGUUAAUACAUGUUUCACUGUUAACGGCACAUCACAACUCGUACAUUUUGGUUGAGGUUCCUUCUUCAUUAGAUAUUCAUGUGUAAGUUUGCUGUCCUAAUCGAAGCCUGGUUAUACUACCUGAAAGAAACGGCUAGGAGAGUUGUUAUUCCAUCGUCCAAAAUUUGGUUUUAUUUCUUUCAACUUUGAAGAUUUUUCUUCCCAAAAUUUAGUCCAAUUACGUAUAAGCUUUUGUUUGAAAUACGGUUUGAGAUCUUCUGCUAGUGGUUUCAUUAUCGGUCUGAUAUUUGGAGAAUUUGCUAUUUCUCGAGCAUUUUUAUCAGCUAGUUCGUUUCCUUUAAUGCCUAUAUGUGACGGUACCCACACGAAGACUAAUGUUUUGUUCUUCAGCUGCUGAAUCUUGUUUUUAAUUAAUUUAGCAAUCGGGUUGCAGGUGUACAUUUUUGAUAGUAUAUGGAGGGAAUUAAUUGAGUCAGUAAUAAUAAGGAAUUUUUCUGAUUCGACUGUUUGUAUAUGGUUUAGAGCUCUGUAUAUUGCAUACAUUUCUCCAGUUAUCACAGUGGAUUCUGUGGGCAAUUUGAAGCUUUUUAUUGUGUCUCUCAUAACAAAUGACGAUCCUACACCAGAAGUUGUUUUAGAUGCAUCUGUGUAAACUUGGAUAUAUUCAGGGAAAGAAGAAAGUAUUCUAUUAUAAUUGCUUAUAAAUAUUUGUGGAUUGGUUUCGGAUUUAUGGUAUGAUAAUAGUUGUAAAUUUGAAGUAGGCAAAGGUAUUAACCAGGGAGGUGCCGUGUUUACAUUUGCUGAAUGUGUUGAGGGAAAGUUAAAAAUUUCAAUAGAGUUAAAAAUGUUUUUGAUCCUUAAUUGAAAUGGUAAAUGUGUCCUUAUGUUGAUAUUAGAUAACGAUGACUGAAUAAGAAAAGGGUUGUCAGGUUGUAAUGAUGAUUGUUUUGAAACGUAAGAUAAACUAAGUAAUUUUCGUCGUUCAUGUAAUGAUGGCUCUCCAAGUUCCCACUCGAGGCUUGCAACAGGAGUUGUUCUGUAAGCUCCAGAUAUUAUGCGUAAUGCAUUGUUGUGUAUAAUGUCUAAGAUUUUUAAAUUUGACUUUGACGCUGAAGAAUAUGCAAUACAUCCAUAGUCCAAUUUUGAUCGGAUUAGGCUUCUAUACAACAGUAGUAAUGUAUCUCCGUCAGUACCCCAUUGUUUGUUGGCUAAACAUUUAAGAAGAUUUAUACCAUUUUGACAUGAUAUUGCCAAUUGCUUAAUAUGUGAUUUCCAACUUAAAGUUUCGUCGAAUGUUAAACCUAAAUAUUUUAUCUCUGUACAUCGUUUCAAUAACUUUGUGCCGAAUUUUAAGGUAGGUAUGUUAGUGUGAAUAGGCUUUUUGGAAAAAAUAAUAUAUUGUGUCUUGUCAGCUGAAAAAUUGAAUCCACUCGUAUUAGACCAACUAUCAAUUUUGUUUAGUUCUUCUUGUAAAAAUUUGACCAUGGAAUUAAUAUUUUUUCCUUUGACGAACAUUAUCAUAUCAUCAGCAUAUAAUCUAGCCUGUGCAGGUCUCUUGAGAUUUUUUAUAAGAUCAUUCAUUGCAAUUAAAAAAAGUGUAGGGCUAAUUACAGAUCCUUGUGGUGUUCCAUUGUCCUGAGACUUAAUAGUAGAAUGUUCUCCAUUACUUCGUACUGAAAAUUUGGGUUGAUGUAGAAAGUUAUUCAAAAAUGCCAACAUGUUUCCUUGAAUUCCCCAAGUCUGUAGCUUUUUUAAUAUUCUGUAUCGCCAUGCCAAAUCAAAUGCUUUGUGGAUAUCAAAGUAAACAGCUAUGCAUUUCUGUUUGUUACAGAAGGCUUCAUUAAUUUGACUUUCUAAAUGUAAAACAUUAUCUGUAGUGGAUCUUAAGGGACGAAAUGCAGCUUGUUCCGGUAUGAGUAAAUUGUGAUGUUCCAAAUGCCACAUAAGUCUAUUAUUUAUUAUUUUCUCUAGCAAUUUGCAAGUAGAACAUGUAAGUGAUAUUGGCCUAUAUGAGUCUGCUGCUGUUGCCGGCUUAUUAGGUUUUAGAAUAGGGAUGACAAUAGCUUGUCUCCAUAAGUCGGGAAAUUUUUGUUUACACCAGAUUAUGUUAAAAAGAUUCAAUAGGAAGUCUAAAGCUUCGUUAGGUAACUGUUGUAGGAAUAUUGCGGGUAUGUCAUCUGGGCCUGGUGAUGUGUUUUUUAACAUUUGGACAGUUUCUAACAGUUCUGUUUUAUUAAUUGGAGUAUUUAUAUCAUCGUUACUAGCUACAACUUCUAUUGGAUUUGCUUCUUCUUCUUCCCGAUAACGUAAAAAAAAAG